AUGGCACCGUCCCUCGAGCGCCCUCAGGGCCACCUGUCCCCGGCUGAGGCCUUGGAGCUUGCACAGAAGGCCCCGACAGUUUUGCGAAACAACCCCAAGGCAUUCUCAUCGUCGCCCUUAAUAUCGCUCUUCUCUGCAUCCGAGUCCCCGGAGAUUUGGAUCAUCUACGAGAACCUUUUGUUGGCCUGUCUCCGUACGGGCGAUAGUCAAGCCGCACACCAAUGCCUGGAGAGGCUCGUCAUCCGAUUUGGAGACGAUAAUGAGCGCAUCAUGGCAUUUAAGGGCUUGGUGAAAGAGGCGGAAGCUGAUAACGAGGGAGAGUUGGUGCAGGUGCUCAAAGAGUAUGAGACCAUUUUGGGACAGAAUGCCACCAAUAUCCCUGUUGCAAAACGGCGCAUUGCUCUUCUUAAGUCAGCUGGCAAGAUCUCGGAAGCUAUCACGGCGUUGAACUCGCUUCUUGAAUUCUCCCCCACAGAUGCCGAAUCUUGGGCGGAACUCGCAGACCUAUACCUUUCCCAGGGGCUUUAUUCGCAGGCGAUUUUCGCACUUGAGGAAGUCUUAGUGUUGACCCCGAACGCGUGGAACAUCCAUGCUCGCUUGGGCGAGGUGCUGUAUAUGGCUGCUUCAGCCUCAGAGAACACGUCGCAGCAGCAACUAGCGGAAUCUGUCAAGAGAUUUUGCCGAAGCAUUGAACUUUGUGACGACUACCUCCGGGGUUACUAUGGAUUAAAGCUGGUAACAAACAAACUGCUUAAGGAACCGUCAAAGCCAUCGAGGCAAGCGGAUUCUGGUGACUGGGCCCUUCCGGAGACCAGCACAGUACAGAAGCUCAAUGAAGCGGCCACGCAAAAGCUGGCCGAGAUUGUGCGUCGCAAUGGCGCAAAGGAGCGGUUAUGGCAAGGGUACGACGAGGCGGAGAUCGCGGCGGCGCGAGACUUACUCUCGAAGGAGUCAGCUGAGCUCGUGAGAUGA